GAAGUUGUCAUUCUAACCGCUUCCUACUUCCUGCGUCAAAACAUUCCGCUGUGUCUAUGCGGCUUUAACGGCGCUUUUCGGAUUUUCUGAGUGAUUAUGGCUGCGAACAGCAGCACCGGAUCGUCCACGGAGCCACCGGGACUAGAGACCCAGUGGCGGGAGAUCGACAAACUGAACCAGCAGCAGCUACGGGCCGGAGACAGCUGGUAUUUGUUGGAUAAAAGAUGGUAUGAUCAGUGGAAAGAGUAUGUACAUGCCGGGGACCAAAAUUCUUCCUCCUAUCCCGGGAAAAUUGAUAACACUGAGCUCUUUGAAGAUCUGGAUUCCUAUCAUCUGAAAGAGAGGCUGUCGGAAAAUGAGGACUUUGUCCUGGUCCCUGCAGAAGCCUGGCAUAAACUUUUGUCAUGGUAUGACAUGAUGGACGAUCAACCUCCUUUGGAGAGAAAGGUUGUUGAUCUUCCCAGCACUGUUAAAGUAGAGGUCUACCCUGUGGAGAUCUACCUCUGUCUUUCUAGCAACAUGGAGAGUACUGUAUCUGCAAGCUUCAGUCGAGCAGACAAGAUACACGCUAUACAUCAAAAGAUACGGCAGGAUUUUAACGUGUCAGAGACUGCUGAGAGCCGACUGUGGAUGAGGAGUACAGAUACAAGCUCAGAGAGGCUACGCAACCUUAACAUGACUGUCCUAGACACCUGCCUCAGCUCCGGCAUGACAGUGAUUAUGGAGAUCAGGAAUGCGGAUGGUACGUGGCCCACAUCUAGGCCUCAGAUCAUGCGGAACUCUGCUGACGAAGACUCGUAUCGAGGGCCUCCUGGAGUGUGUGGCCUCACAAACCUAGGCAACACCUGCUUCAUGAACUCUGCUUUACAGUGUCUGAGUAACACGCCACCACUGACUGAGUAUUUUCUGAGGAACUCGUAUCUGGAGGAGCUGAACUUCACCAACCCUCUGGGCAUGAAGGGAGAAAUUGCUGAAGCCUACGCAGAUGUUAUCAAACAGAUGUGGUCAGGCAGGCACUAUUCUGUGGUUCCUCGGGUAUUUAAGACCAAGGUUGGCCACUUUGCAUCACAGUUUCUGGGCUACCAGCAACACGACUCUCAGGAGCUGCUGUCUUUCCUGUUGGACGGUCUACAUGAAGACCUCAACAGGGUCAAAAAGAAGGAGUAUAUUGAACUCAGGGAUGCUGAUGGAAGACCUGACCAGGAAGUUGCUGAGGAAGCAUGGCGCAACCAUUUGCGGCGGAACGAUUCGGUCAUCGUCGACACAUUCCACGGGUUGUUUAAGUCGACGCUGGUGUGCCCCGAAUGCAACAAGGUCUCUGUGACCUUCGACCCCUUCUGCUACUUGAGCGUGCCCUUACCUGUUAGUAAGGAGAGGGUCAUGGAGGUGUUCUAUGUGUCGCUGGAUCCCAUGGCCAAACCCACCCAGUAUCGUCUGAUUGUACCUAAAGCUGGCCGAGUGAUUGACCUGUGCACUGCCCUCUCUCAGGCAACAGGAGUCCCUCCCAACCAGAUGGCUGUGGCUGAUGUUUUCAAUCACCGCUUCUAUAGGAUUUACCAGACUGACGAAUCCUUAAGCUGUAUAUUGGACCGGGAUGAUAUAUUUGUGUAUCAGCUGAGCAGUGGUUGUGUGGAUAAGGAUGGUGAGGAGGUGGUUAUGGCCAUCUAUAUGCGUGAACGCUCCCAUUACAGAGAUUACGGCUCUGGAAGCAACAACUAUGGUACCUCCCUGUUCGGUCACCCGCUGCUGAUGUCUGUGCCACGCACCCAGUGCACACGAGAAGAUCUCUACCAGCUCAUCCUCAAAAGACUGGCGCGAUAUGUCCGUCCCCUUGACCCUUCAGAAGAAGUAGAGGAGGAGGAGGAAGAAGAAGAUGAGGAAGAUUUGUACAAGGCUCAAACCAAUGGAGUUAGUGAUGAUGAGGGAGAGGAAGACUCUGAGGAGGCAGGGCCAUCCAAGAAAGAGGAGGAGACUCAAGAAAGCGGCCAUGCUGAAGAGCAGAACAACUGCCAAUCAGAAGCCAGCCCGAGCAGCGACGGGGAGGAUAGAGCUGAGGAGGAGGAGUCGAGCAGCGAACCGGACCGGGGCAGCAGUACAGAGGAGGGCCAAUCAGCAUGCGGCAGCACUGACACCAACUCCCAAGAUGCCACCGACGGGGACCAAAGUACUGGUGUCGAGCCUUUGGCAAAGGAGGAAGAGGACGAAGAUGACGAGGAGGAAGAAGAAGAGGAGGCCGCAUCUUGUGCUCAGGCAAACAAGAAGCUUCCGGGAAGACGGCGCUACACUGAGAAGCAGAAAAAAGCCCUCUUUACCAUUCAGGCGGUGAACUCUAAUGGCACCACGGAGCGAGGGAUGGGAGAGGCGGACGGUGGCUUCUCCUUCAGCUCUCAGCCAUACAUCGCCAUCGACUGGGACCCUGACAUGAAGAAGAAGUACUACAAUGAGAAUGAAGCCGAGAAAUAUAUAAAGCAUCAGAGCAUGGACGUCCCUCACCAGCAGAUCACAGUGCAGCUGCAGGAAUGUAUAGAUCUUUUUACCACAGUAGAGACACUGGAAGAGGAAAACCCCUGGUAUUGUCCAACAUGUAAAAAGCAUCAGCUUGCUACUAAGAAAUUGGAUCUGUGGUCUUUGCCUGAGGUUCUCAUCAUCCAUUUAAAGCGCUUCUCCUACACAAAAUACUCUCGAGAGAAACUGGAUACCAUCGUGGAGUUCCCCCUGCGGGAUCUGGACUUCUCAGGUUUCCUCCUAAAGAAGACCGUGAACAGUACUGAACCUCCCUGUAGAUAUGACCUGAUCUCUGUGUCCAACCACUUCGGCGGACUCCGAGAUGGACACUAUACCAGUUACGCCCAGAACAAGGACAACGGUCAGUGGUAUUACUUUGACGACAGCAAGGUGACCUAUGCAAGGGAGGAACAAAUAGUGACCAGCGCGGUCUACCUUCUGUUCUACCAGCGCCAAGACAAGAUCCGCCAGCCCACCGUCCCUCCACCCGUCCCCUCCUCCAGCCAGCCCGAGAACCACGUCUCAUCCCAGACCCAAGAUGGCAUGGAUGGAGCCUCUUCCUGUGUUAGCAUGGAGACGGACUGAUUUCUAUCCACUUCAUUCUUUCUCCCUCUCAACUUCAUAAUCAACAGAAACUUGAAGCUUCGCCUCUGCUCUGACUCCGACAGGAAGUGCAAGGCAGGGGCACCUCUCUCAGGCUGGUGCACGAGCAUCAUGGGGUGGGAAUGUAGAUUUAUGUGUUGUUUUUUUAUCUGUAUGACAAACUCAAGGAAACGGGUUAGGCUGGUAUCGUUGGAUUCAGAGAUCAUGCACUGAUUUGUCUGCGGCGUGCUUCAGUGACGAUGAGAAUUCGGAGAAUGAGGUUUGCACCACAGUUCAUCGUCACCGACGUGUUCUUUAUUUUUUCCUAAGCUUGCUUUUCUGAGCUAGCUCAGCUGCUGUUUACGGUGGUGAUGUUUGAUCUGAACGUACAACCUUCAGCUGCACUGUUUGGCAUCAUGAAUCCGUUUAUUCCAGCAGCGACGUUCAUCAUGGGCGCUUUCAGCAGGGACGGUUGGGCUUUCUCAUAUCAGGGAUUGUCAUGUGCUUCAGAUUUCUGAGAUCUUGUCAAAAGGUGUGGGUGGAAAAAUAGGUGGAGGUAAAUGAGAUACAGCUUUCUGUCCACUCACUCGUGAACUAUUUAUUUUCGGAAUUAAUAGAUGCUAAUGUGGAUUGAGAGAUUAUAAUUCUAAAGGUCUUCCAUUUUUAUUUUCUUUCUUGUGAUGGGUUGUUUUUUCCGUCUCUCAUGAGAUUUGGAAAAGCCACUCUGUUGCGGGACACAAAUGGAGGCCUGUUUUCCAGUGAGAAUUAGCUUUUUUAUCUUCAUUAAAAAGGAAAUGCACAGCAAGAUAUAAAUAUUCUUUUUGACUAAUUGCGUGCAGUUUAUAACAAACUCGAUAAGAAUAUUUCAGCAAAGUGCUUUCUGGAUAGAGCUCUUUUCGGGAUGAUUUUUAAAGCACCUCUGUACAGUAUUUUUGUAUCGUCAUAAAUGUUGUAUUAUCUUUGAUCAUUUGGAUCAGAUGCUGGGAAUGUGGGAGCUUUCAUUUUAUUUUGUUAAUUAUAGAUUGAAUAUAUAAUUGUAUACACAUCUUUUGAUAUGAAUAAAUGCUGACUAUAAAGUCGAGGUUAGAUCGGA